AUGACACACCGGAACAAAGCUGAUUUCAUAGAGAGCGAGGUCAACGUCCUCUAUUUCUUUGAUUUCAACCUAGAUCGUCGUGAGCAAUUCGCUCUUCACAUCAAGGAGACCGCCAGAAAAUACGCUCAGCAUCUCAGAUUCGUUACGGUCGACCCGCCAGCAUUUCCUGAUGUGCCAUCACGAAUGGGGUUGGAGUGGAAGUUUCCCGCCAUCGCACUCCAGAACAAUAAUGCCGGGCUCACGUACCACUCGGAGCAAAGCGAGUCCAUUACACCUGGGUUUGUGGAGAACUUUCUUCGGUCUGUAGCCGGUGGGAAGGUCCAGCCAGCGUCUCAAAAACACGUUGACGCUGAACCAACGGACGGCGCAGAAGCUAUUCCGGUAGAGAAAGGAGAUUACCGCCAGAGAGUCAUGCACAACGAGCUUUAA